AUGUAUUAGAAAUGGCAAUAUAAGGAGAUAAACCUAUUUCUCUUAUAUUCUUUUAACAAUAUGGGAUUAAUAUACUAAAGAAAAAUUAUUUAAAUAGCACAUUAUUACAUUGGGCAUGCUAUGCAAAUUCUGAAAAUUCUUUUAAUUUUUUAAUGUCAUAAACAGAUGACUAAGAAUACAUAAAUAGUUAAGAUAAUGAUGGUUAUACGCCAUUACACUUAUCAGUAAUAGGUGGAAAUUCUAGAAUAGUAAAAAAACUUUUAAUUAGAGGUGCAAAUAAGCACAUUUAAGAUAAUCAUUAAAUGA